ACCUGUGAACAAAAUGUCUCAGGAUAUACUUCAGACAAAUUGCGACUUUUGUCGGGAGCACGCCCACGAACCUUACAUAGAAUGCUGCGAGUGUGAUACAAAUCUGUGCACGGCUUGUUUUGCCGCUGGUAAGGAAGUUGGGUCACAUAAAAAUGAUCACAAAUACGCGAUACGUAGGAACGAUUUUCCCUUGUUUGAAAAUUGCAAUUGGUCUGCUAGAGAAGAAUCUAAGUUACUAUCGGCGUUAUCGACUUAUGGUUACGGCAAUUGGGAGGAGAUAUCUAAAUUCGUACACACUCGUUCGAAAUUAGAAUGCCAGGAGCACUAUAAGAAGUAUUACAUAGAAAAUGUUCAGUACGAAGAAUUGCAACUGUUGCCGGAGACUGAACAGUCUUUAUUUCCACAACCAAUAGUACCAUAUUUGUAUAGCACGGAUGUAAGUACAAAUCCACCACGAAAUAAUCAGUCAGAUCAGCACUUAGCUGGUUAUAAUGCUCACAGAUCAGAAUUUGAGCUGAGUUAUGACCACAAUGCAGAGAGUUUGUUCAACAUUGAGGAUAGUUACUCGGACGAAGAUGAAGAGGAUGAGGCUAUGAUGGACAGCUUGAAGAUAGCUCUAGUGAAUUCUCUCAAUAAUCGUCUGAGGGAGCGCCAAAGAAGGUACAAGAUAAUACAAAAUCAUGGCUUAAUAAUGCCAAAUAAAUUGGCAUCAUGGCUACAGAGGUUUGAGGUCACAAUAACCAGACAGAGAUGCGAGAAAUUGCUCUCUUUUAUGCAAUUCAUGACAGGGAUGCAGUAUGAUGCUUUUAUGGAAGGGCUCAACUUGGAAUCGGAGUUGAUGCAACGGAUAUUACGUCUAUGCGAGUAUAGGAAAAAUGGUAUCAAGACAUUAUAUGCUGCAAGACUGUACAAGCAGUUGAAGAAAGAAAAUGACUUACAAAUAAAGGAGCUGAAGUUUUGCACAACAAUAAUGCAGAAGAAAUUUGAUAGCACAUCACCAAUCAAAAAUAGGCUUGAUAAACUCAGCACAUGUCGGAAUAAAAUGAAGAGGACUUCAAUGCCACUUGAGAUAAUUGAUUUGCCUGGCUUCCAUCUUCUCAGCGAUUCUGAGAAGGCACUGUGCUCCAGUUUACGACUAGUACCUGUAAACUAUUUAGAAAUCAAGGAUCAACUUGUGUCAGAGAACAAUAAAUUGGGAUUCCUGCGUCUGCUCGACGCUCGGAGGAUAGUUAAGAUAGAUGUGAAUAAAACUAGAAAAAUCUAUGAUUAUCUAAUUACUGAAGGCUUUGUGAACAAGCCACCGGCGCUAAUUUGAAUAUAUAAGGUAUUUUAAGGA